AUGUUCCGUAACCAAUACGACAGUGAUGUUACCGUUUGGAGUCCACAGGGACGUCUUCAUCAAGUCGAAUACGCCGUGGAGGCUAUGAAACAAGGAUCGGCAACCGUUGGAAUCAAGAGCGACACCCACGCCGUCAUCGUCGCCUUGAAGAGAGCCCAAAACGAGUUGUCGUCGCAUCAAAAGAAGAUUUACGAAAUCGAUGUUCACGCUGGAGUGUCCAUCGCUGGACUCCUCUCCGAUGGUCGUAUCUUGGCUCGGUUCCUCCAAACUGAAUGCUCCAGCUGGCGUUGGGACUACAAGCAACCCGUACCAAUCAAGAAACUCGCAGAGGCUAUGCAAUUGAAAUUGCAAGCAAACACUCAGUAUUAUGGACGUCGUCCAUUCGGUGUUGGCAUUCUGAUUGCCGGAUAUGACAAAGACGGAGCACAUAUCAUUCAAACCGAUCCAUCGGCUGAAGUUGUUAGCAUGCACGGAACUUCAAUUGGAGCCCGAUCACAAUCUGCUCGUACUUAUCUUGAGAGAAAUGUCGACAAAUUCGAGAAAUCAUCUCCUGAAGAACUGAUUGUACAUGCUCUUCUCGCUCUUCGUGAUACUCUUCCAGCUGAGGAGAAUCUUAGCGCCCAAAAUACAUCUAUCGGAAUUGUUGGAAAGGACUCUCCAUUCAGCCUUCUUGAAGACGCUCAAGUCUCCGUUCAUCUCAACUCGGUCUCCACACAUCCACGUACCACUGCUCAAGCUCAAGGCGGUGGUGCCGAGCCAAUGCAGAUGUAG